AUGGCGCAUGAGAAAGUCGUGGACCUACAAAGGAUAGCGAACGAUAAGACAAGGAUGACAACUUACAAGAAGAGGAGAGCCUGUCUUUACAAGAAGGCAGGAGAGUUCUCAACUCUCUGCGGCGUCCAGACAUGUCUCAUCGUCUACGGGCCCACCAAAGCGACCGAUGAGGUGAUUUCCAAACCUGAUAUAUGGCCGGAGGACGAGAGCAAAGCCAGAGACAUCAUACGCAGGUACAGAGACACAGCGUCGAACAGCUGCAGGAAAGAAGCCCACGUGGAGACUUUCGUUAACGAUAAAGGUAAGGCAAAAGAGAUGGAGAGUAAUAAUAAUAAGAGAGGGAUGAAUAACAAGAAUAAGUAUUGCUGUUGGGAUGAGAAGCUAGAGAAGUGUUCACAAGAGCAGCUGCGUGGGAUUUUUGAUGACGUGGGAAACAAGUUACAUGAAGCUAUAACGAGACAGAGUCGUAAUACGUUUAGGGCCCAGCAUCAAACCAUGGAGUCACAAUUCCCACAGAUUUUAAUGGAUUCCCAUUACGUGUCACAAUACUUUGCUGGUAACCAGCAGCAACAGUGCUUGAUGUUCCCAUAUAAUAAUAUGAGUGUCCCGUUGUUCUCGGCUAAUGAUGAUCAGAUUCCAAUGGAGCCGAUUCUAGUGGAUAAUUUUGCCGACUCAGGGGUAAAUCAAGGCUUCAUGAUGUCGAAGGGAAACGAAGGUACUCAGUUUAUGCAGAGGCAAGCACCUUAUUACAGUCUUGAACCGUUUGUACCGAGAUCUGCAACUUUUAAUGUCAACUCAUUCACGGGCUAUCAUCAGGUCCCAUAUAAUAUUCCUCGGUUACCGGAUAAUCAAGCUGGAGGAUGGGAUUUUAUGGGGAAGAAACCGAUUUGA